CCCAGGCUGCUUCCUGGGAUGGAGUGCUGCAUAGCCAUGUGGCCCCUUUGCCAGUUGGGGCCUGCGUGCUGUGACACAAAAACUGCAUCACGCUGUGCACUAUGUUCAUGGCUGAUUGAUCAACUCAAGAAGAGCCAGCUGGUUUUGUGACUGGGAACCUAGUUUGUGACACGCUCUUGCAUUUUUAGAAGACGACAGUGCGGUCCAGAGGAAGAAAUGACCAUGUAGAUUCUACAGCCUGGGUGCUGCAUAAUGGGAAAUGGUGAAUGGAGCGGAACUGGUCUGCAGCCUUGAAAGCAGCUGUUCUGCGGACCACUAGUCGGUCAGGGGCACCUUGCACACCAGAGGCAUUCUCCACGUCGCUCACUGGACACAUGCUGGAUUGUUUUUAAUCCUAGGCUGGAAUUCGAGGCUCGUCUCCUUCAGUUUUUAAAAGAUUUUAAGCUUCUAUCAACUCUAACAAGUGGAGCAAUAUAAUCAGUAACCAUGGGUGACAUGACAAAUAGUGAUUUUUAUUCCAAGAACCAAAGAAAUGAGGCCAACCAUGCAGGAGAAUUUGGGUGCACCCUGCAAGAACUGCGCUCCCUCAUGGAACUCCGAGGAACAGAAGCAGUGGUAAAAAUUAAAGAGACAUAUGGGGAAACAGAGGGGCUCUGCAGGCAUCUGAAGACAUCACCAACAGAAGGGUUAGCUGGCACUGCUGCAGAUCUAGAAAAAAGAAAGCUUAUUUUUGGAAAAAACUUCAUACCCCCAAAGAAGCCAAAAACAUUCAUACAGUUAGUGUGGGAAGCGCUGCAGGAUGUGACUCUUAUAAUCUUGGAAAUUGCAGCCAUCAUAUCCUUGGGGCUUUCAUUUUAUCAGCCACCUGGAGAAGGGAAUGAAGGGUGUGGCACUGCAACAGGAGGAGCUGAAGAUGAAGGUGAGGCUGAAGCUGGCUGGAUUGAAGGUGCUGCCAUCCUGCUGUCUGUUAUCUGUGUUGUACUUGUCACUGCCUUUAAUGACUGGAGCAAGGAGAAGCAGUUUCGUGGGCUUCAAAGUCGUAUUGAGCAGGAACAGAAAUUUACUGUUGUCCGAGGUGGGCAGGUGAUCCAAAUCCCAGUGGCAGAGAUAGUAGUUGGUGACAUUGCACAGGUGAAAUAUGGUGAUCUCCUACCUGCUGAUGGGAUAUUUAUUCAAGGAAAUGAUCUUAAAAUUGAUGAAAGUUCUUUGACUGGGGAGUCAGACCAGGUCCGCAAAUCUGUUGACAAAGAUCCAAUGCUACUGUCAGGUACUCACGUCAUGGAAGGCUCUGGACGAAUGCUUGUAACUGCUGUGGGUGUGAAUUCUCAGACGGGCAUCAUCUUUACUCUGUUAGGUGCUGGAGGAGAAGAAGAAGAAAAGAAAGACAAAAAAGGUGUGAAACAGGAGGAUGGAAAUCAGCUUCCAGUAGAUUCUUCCCAUCCCUCCUCCCACCCUCCUUCAGCUACAGAUGGUGCAGCAAGUGCAAAUGCCACUGAUAAUGCAAAUGCCAGCUUAGUCAAUGGCAAAAUGCAGGAUGGGAAUAUGGAGAACAGCCAGAACAAAGCCAAGCAGCAAGAUGGGGCUGCUGCCAUGGAGAUGCAGCCACUGAAGAGUGCCGAGGGGGGAGAAGGAGAUGACAAAGACAAGAAGAAAUCCAACAUGCACAAGAAGGAAAAAUCUGUCCUACAGGGAAAGCUGACCAAGCUGGCAGUCCAGAUAGGCAAAGCAGGUUUGGUGAUGUCUGCCAUCACUGUAAUCAUUUUGGUACUAUAUUUUGCCAUUGACACUUUUGUGGUGAAAAAGAAACAGUGGUUACCUGAGUGCACUCCUGUCUAUGUUCAGUAUUUUGUUAAAUUCUUCAUUAUUGGUGUUACUGUACUUGUGGUUGCUGUCCCUGAGGGUCUUCCACUUGCUGUCACUAUUUCUUUGGCUUAUUCUGUAAAGAAAAUGAUGAAAGAUAACAACCUGGUCCGCCACUUAGAUGCCUGUGAAACUAUGGGUAAUGCUACAGCCAUAUGCUCUGACAAAACAGGGACACUAACAACCAACCGGAUGACAGUCGUCCAAGCCUAUAUUGGUGAUGUGCACUACAAAGAGAUCCCUGACCCUGAUUCUGUACCUGCUAAGACUCUCGAAUUACUGGUUAAUGCAAUUGCUAUCAACAGUGCUUACACUACAAAAAUUCUGCCACCAGAAAAGGAGGGCGGCCUGCCUCGGCAGGUGGGCAAUAAGACAGAAUGCGGUCUCUUGGGCUUUGUCCUGGAUUUGAAGCAGGAUUAUGAGCCUGUUCGGAGCCUCAUCCCUGAGGAGAAACUUUAUAAAGUUUACACAUUCAACUCUGUGAGAAAGUCAAUGAGUACUGUCAUUAAAAUGCCAGAUGGUAGCUUCCGAAUGUACAGCAAAGGAGCUUCUGAAAUUGUUCUGAAGAAGUGUUCCAGGAUCCUUAAUGCAGCUGGUGAACCUCGUAUCUUCAGACCACGCGACCGGGAUGAAAUGGUGAAGAAAGUGAUUGAACCAAUGGCCUGUGAUGGAUUGAGAACUAUCUGUGUUGCUUUCCGAGACUUCAACAGCAGCCCAGAACCUGACUGGGACAACGAAAAUGACAUUUUAUCUGAUCUGACUUGCAUCUGUGUUGUCGGCAUUGAAGAUCCAGUAAGACCAGAGGUCCCAGAAGCCAUAAGAAAGUGCCAGCGAGCUGGAAUUACGGUCCGCAUGGUCACUGGAGACAAUAUCAACACAGCACGUGCCAUUGCCAUAAAAUGUGGAAUCAUUCAUCCAGGAGAAGACUUUCUUUGCCUUGAAGGGAAAGAAUUUAACAGGAGGAUCCGAAAUGAGAAGGGAGAGAUUGAGCAAGAGCGGAUUGACAAAAUCUGGCCAAAGCUUCGAGUACUUGCUCGGUCGUCUCCCACGGACAAACAUACUUUGGUCAAAGGUAUUAUUGACAGCACACAGGUGGAGCAGAGGCAGGUUGUAGCUGUGACUGGUGAUGGAACCAAUGAUGGACCAGCACUUAAGAAAGCCGAUGUUGGCUUUGCAAUGGGCAUUGCUGGAACAGAUGUUGCAAAGGAGGCCUCAGAUAUCAUCCUAACAGAUGACAAUUUCAGUAGCAUCGUGAAGGCUGUAAUGUGGGGACGUAAUGUGUAUGACAGUAUCUCCAAAUUCCUGCAGUUCCAGCUCACUGUUAACAUUGUGGCUGUGAUAGUGGCUUUCACUGGAGCAUGCAUUACCCAGGACUCUCCUCUAAAAGCUGUACAGAUGCUGUGGGUCAAUCUAAUUAUGGACACUUUUGCCUCACUUGCUCUGGCCACUGAACCUCCAACAGAAGCUCUAUUGCUAAGAAAGCCAUAUGGCAGGAACAAACCUCUUAUAUCCCGUACCAUGAUGAAGAACAUUCUGGGCCAUGCUGUCUACCAGCUUACUCUAAUAUUUACACUUCUUUUUGUUGGUGAGAAAAUGUUUAAAAUUGACAGUGGGAGAAAUGCACCGCUCCACUCUCCUCCUUCAGAGCACUACACCAUUAUCUUCAACACUUUUGUCAUGAUGCAGCUUUUCAAUGAAAUCAACGCACGCAAAAUCCAUGGAGAGAGAAAUGUCUUUGAUGGCAUCUUCAGAAAUCCUAUUUUUUGCACUAUUGUACUGGGUACAUUUGCUAUUCAGAUAGUAAUUGUCCAGUUUGGAGGAAAACCAUUUAGCUGUUCUCCCCUACAGCUUGAUCAGUGGAUGUGGUGUGUAUUUAUUGGAUUAGGAGAACUUGUAUGGGGUCAGGUCAUUGCAACCAUCCCAACAAGUAGGCUAAAGUUCUUAAAGGAGGCAGGGCGGCUCACUGAGAAGGAAGAGGUUCCUGAAGAAGAACUCAAUGAAGAUGUUGAAGAAAUUGAUCAUGCAGAGAGAGAACUUCGACGUGGACAAAUUCUCUGGUUCAGAGGGCUUAACAGAAUCCAAACCCAGAUCCGCGUCGUGAAGGCAUUCCGUAGCUCUCUCUAUGAAGGUUUAGAAAAACCAGAAUCUAGAACCUCUAUUCACAACUUUAUGACUCAUCCUGAGUUUAGGAUAGAAGAUUCCCAGCCCCACAUCCCACUCAUUGAUGACACAGACCUAGAAGAAGACCCUGCUCUCAAGAAAAACUCGAGUCCACCGUCUUCACUGAACAAGAACAACAGUGCUAUCGACAGUGGAAUAAAUCUUACAACUGACACAAGUAAAUCAGCUACCUCUUCUAGUCCAGGAAGCCCAAUACAUAGCCUGGAGACAUCACUUUAGCUGAAAAGGUCCCUGCAAAAAAAAAUAAAAUAAUAAUAAUAAUAAUUAAAGUAAAAUAAAAUAAAAUAAACAA